AUGGACAAAGCAAAAUAUAUCUGUGGUGUUUGUGGUGACAAAGCCCUCGGGAGAAAUUUUUGUGCCUUUUCUUGCGAGUCGUGUAAAGCAUUCUUUAGGAGAAAUGCCUUCGAGUAUCGAAAAAUGAAGUGUUAUUACGGAGACAAUUGUUUAAUAGAUAUUAAAUCGAGAAUUAUAUGUCGCAAAUGCAGACUUGCAAAGUGUUUCGCCAUUGGCAUGAGAAAAGAAUGGAUACUGAAUGGCGAGCAAAAGGAGAGUAGAAGACGUCAAAUACAAGACAAGAAACAACAAAAAGAUGUCAAUAAAAUAGUUGACAAAAAUCAUGACAACUCUUCAUCAUUGCAACCAAUGGUGACCACAGAUAAUGAAGAGUCGGAUAAUUUGUUUGAGAUUUUAGAAAACAUUGACAUAAAUGAAGACAAACUUAACUCUCAGAUAAAGGAAAUUGAAAAUAAAAUACCAGUGAUUCCUAUCGUGAGGCCAAUUAAUAACAACUCAUUCAAUGAGACGGAAAGUAUGAAGUUUACGGAGUUAAUCAGUGUAAUCGAUACCAUGAGGUUACCCACACUGGAACUCAUAUCGCAAGUACGAGAUAUAUUAGAUGCCAUCACAUUAGCGGUCAAUAAAUUUGAUGAAAUAUUUCGAAAGUCGGUCAAAGCAUUCAAAAGACUGAAUGCCUUUAAAAAUAUAUGCAAAAGUGACCAGGUCCUACUUCUCAAAUACAAUGGCAUUCAAGUGACAUGCCUGCGCUCAAUGACUAUUUAUGAUUUUAAAUUGAAGCAAUGGGCUGUUCCUAUACAAUGGGCUGUUCCUAUAGACGAUAACAAUUCAACUCUAGUGCAUAUGAAGCAAUUAUACUGUUUACUCCAGAUCAUCCAAAUCUAA